AAUAACUUCAGUGGUGUUUACAGUUCGAGCAGUAACAUCAGUGCCAACUAAUAUCUUUCUAUUUUUUGUGAAUAAUGUGAUUAUUGUUAUAAAAAUAAGUACAACUAUGUUUGCAACUAUUACAUUAGCAACUUUAAUUUGUCUUGAAAUGUGCUACGUUUUAUCGAAUUUCUGGCAUCGAUCUUUUAUUAAAAAAAUUAAUACUUUGCCAGACCCGAAAACAUAUCCACUCAUUGGAAGUGCUCUCUAUUUUUUGGGAGUAAAUAUUACAGAAAUUAUACAAGUUGCAAAUAUAUUAGCGAAUGAUUUUUCAUCUCCAAUUUCGGUUUGGUAAUACUGCAUAUAUCGGUGUAUAUGACGGAGAACAGAUAAAGGCUGUUCUGCAAAGUAGAUGUUUCGAGAAAAGUUCACUUUAUAAAAUUUUUAAACCAUUAUUGAAAACAGGACUUAUCACAUCUCCUGUCAGACGAAGCAAAGGACACAUGCAUUCGAUAAACACGUGUCAACCAAGUCCAACAGUGAAACAGUUCACAGUUUUCGAUAUUCUAUUGGAAGCAUGUCAUAAAGGAAAAUUAACUCAACAAAAAGUUUGUAAUCAUAUGAUUACAAUGUUACUCGCAGCCACUGACACAACUGCCGCCACAAUAAAUUUUGUGAUUUUUAUGCUCGUAAAUUUCCCAGAAGUACAGGAAAAAGCGUACAAAGAAUUAUCAGAAAUUUACGGCACUGAAUCUCCAAAAUCUGUACCAAUUAAAUAUGACGAUUUGCAAAAAAUGGAUUAUUUGAACCGAAUUAUUAAAGAAACAAUGAGACUCUUCCCAGCUGCUCCUUUUAUUGGACGAAUUCUAACAGAAGACUUAAAAAUAGAUGUGGAAUUUUUUCGUUGGGCUCAGCGAUCGAC